AUGAUCGAGGCGGGAAAGAAGCUAAUCAAGAACUCAGACGAUGACAUCGUUAUAUCCGGCAUUGCGGGUAACUUUCCUGAUGCCGACGGUAUGGAAGAAUUGGCUAAUUCAUUAUACAACAAAGCCGAGAUGAUAUCGGACGACGAAAGGCGAUGGAAAUUAGAUCAUCCUGAAAUUCCACAAAGAACUGGAAAACUGAAAGAAGUAGAGAAAUUCGAUGCUUCGGCUUUCGGCGUUCAUUUCAAUCAAGCCGAAAGUAUGGAUCCUAUGAACAGGAUCUUAUUAGAAAAGAGCUACGAAGCCAUCAUUGAUUCGGGAUUCAAGCUAACCGAAACUUUAGUAGAUGCUGAUGGCCCUAAUUGCCUUUAUCAAUAUUUACCUUUGGCAUGGGUCAACCGGCACUAA